AUGGGAGAGCACAAACAGGAUGACGCUGAGCAUGUCGACGAAGUCAUUGAAUCCUUCGACGACCUGCCCUUGCACGAAAACUUGUUGCGCGGUAUAUAAAUUUUUUCAACAGAAGUGCUUCCAUAGUGAGAAAUGGUACGCAGACCCAGAUUAUUAUUGAAUUUGAUGACUAUGUUCGAUUGCAAUGCAAAACUUCAAUUACAGGUAUCUACUCUUACGGUUUCGAGAAGCCUUCCGCCAUUCAGCAGCGCGGUAUCAAACCGCUCCUGAUCGGACGUGACACCAUCGGGCAGGCCCAGUCCGGUAUCGCAUAGUUUCUCAAAUAAUCUUCUUCGCGGUUUUUCUAUGACAGGGUUGCAUGAGGAACUUUUUUUUGCAUGAAACCAUCUGACAGUGCAGCAUCAAUCUAUAAUCUCUGAAAACAAUUCAGGUACCGGUAAGACCGCCACGUUCGUGAUUGGAUCGCUGCAGAAGAUCGACUAUGCAGAACGCACCACCCAGGUGCUCAUCCUCGCGCCGACGCGUGAGUUGGCCAUGCAGAUCCAAAAGGUACAUAAAGUGCACUUCAGGCACGCGUGGUUCGAUUUAGAAUGCUUUCUAGGGACGUCCGCCGACUUUGAGCCGGCGUCUCGGAGGUGUUAAGAGUCUUGACUCUUGCGCAGGAAGGAGUGCGCCGGAUAUGAAUAGUUCCCCAUGCCUGCCUACGAAAUCUAAAUUUGAAACGCGAACUUGCGGUCUUUUUGCACAUCUUGACAUUGACAUGUUCCAAAAAACCACCCACCCUUCUCCCACUCACAGGUCGCCCUUGCUUUGGGAGACUACUUGAAGGUUCGUUCCCACGCCUGCAUCGGAGGUACCGUGAUCCGCGACGACUUGGAGCGUUUGCGCGACGGCCAGCAGCUGAUUGUCGGGACCCCGGGUCGUGUCAUGGACAUGAUUCAGAAACGCCAUUUGAAGGUCGACGACAUCCAGUUGUUCGUCUUGGAUGAAGCCGAUGAGAUGUUGUCUCGUGGGUUCAAGGAGCAGAUCUAUGACAUCUUCAAGUUCCUCCCGCCGAACGUAUCAUAUUGUUGAUUUGUGAUGCGAUUGUUUUACCGUUCGGUCAUUUUUUAGAUGCUAGCCGCGCUCGGGUUUGGAUACGGAAAAAGUCGCAGUUGUAUCGUAAUUGCACUCAAAUUCAAAUACCAGGUGCAAGUCGCUCUCUUUUCCGCCACCAUGGCUCCGGAUAUUUUGGACCUGACAUCGAAGUUUAUGCGCAACCCGGUGCGAAUUCUGGUCAAGAAGGACGAAUUGACCUUGGAGGGUAUCCGUCAGUUCUACAUCGCCAUCGAGAAGGAGGACUGGAAGCUCGGUAUUUUUAUUGAUGUUUUUUUUGAAACUAUAUCACACGGGCUUGGCGCUGGAUGUGUCUAUUCACACACUGUGAAUGAUUUCUGGUGUGGCGCAGGAUGUGUGUCUGCAGGGAGAGAUAGAGUUGUUUCUAGUGCUGGUUUCUCGCUGCGCUGAGAUUCUAAAUGAUGCAAACUUAGCGAACGGGCGGACGGAUCGUGUGGAGAUUUUCACAUGAGAUGCCGAUUGUUCGAAUGUGUACACUCGUUGGCUGAAUUUGUAGAUCCAACAGAUUUAAGCGCGCGUUGUAGGCAGGGUCUAUAAUUGUCGCUUGCGCAACUCCUGUAGCUUAUUCUCCGUGAUGCAAAUUAGCGAACGGGCGGACGGAUUGUGCGCUCGUGCGCAUGAAAUGCCGAUCGUUCUAAAGAUUGUACACUCGUUGGCUGAUGUUUGGAACGGUAAUGGAUGAAAAGUGCUUGAUUUAGAACUGCACCUCGGAGCGGAAUGUUAUUGCGCACUUUUCCUCCUUUUGUGUGAUCCUGCACCAUUAACUGUGUUGACUCUUUCUCUGUGUGAUGAAAGUUGCGAACGGGCGGACGGAUCUUUGCUGGGGGCACAUGUCCACUUCAAAAUGCCGAUCGUUCUAAAUAUUGUACACUCGUUGGCUGACAAGGACAACUCCGCUCACUCUCUAAAAGUUAGUAUUGCGCUCAGAUAAAAAUCCUACCUCAGACACAGCAUACCAAAAUACAGCAGAUGUAAGAGGAUUUUUAGAGUUUUUUUCGAAAUCAAAAAACGUUCCCUCUAAUUCACAAAAACAGACACGCUGUGCGACCUCUACGAGACGUUGACGAUCACGCAGGCGAUUAUCUACUGCAACACGCGUCGGAAGGUCGACUGGCUGGCUGACAAGAUGGCGCAGCGCGAUUUCACCAUCAGCAUCAUGCACGCCGAAUUGGACCAGAAGGACCGUGACCGCAUUAUGCGUGAGUUCCGAUCCGGCUCCAGUCGCGUCCUCAUCUCCACGGAUUUGUUGGCACGAGGUAAUAAAGAACUUUUCGGUUGUAUUAGCUGUGCGUUGCUCUUUUUUAUUUUUCAAAAGAGCAAAUAAUGAGAAUGCUCUGCUGUUAUUCUCGAACGUUGCAAUAUCCGAUCGAAAUAGAAAUACAAUCAUUUACGUCAUACCAGGUAUCGAUGUGCAGCAGGUCUCUCUGGUGAUCAACUACGAUUUGCCGGCCAACAUCGAGAACUACUUGCACCGUAUCGGUCGAUCCGGUCGUUUCGGUCGUAAGGGUGUCGCCAUCAACUUUGUCACCAACCAGGACGCUCGUCACAUGAAGGACAUCGAAAACCACUACCACACCCAGAUUGACGAGAUGCCGAUGGACAUCGCGGAUCUCAUCUAG